AUGACUAACAGUUGGGAGGCCGCUCGAGCCUCACUAGGCUCCCUCUCUGGCAGCAGUAGUUCGGCACAGUCCAACCCACAUCAACAACAACAACAACAGCCACAGCCGCAGCAGCCAGCGAAGCAUAAGCAACAGAAGUAUCUAGCAGCUCCUGGACCGGCAAUGGUGCCCACUGCGCCAUCCGGUAGCGGAACCUAUAAUUAUUUCGAUACCCCCGUCAAUGCCAAUGCCAUCGUGUCCGAGCGAACCAACAGCCUCCGCCGGCUGCGAAGGGCAGGUUACGCCAACAGAAGCUUCAUGCACCACGGCGAGUACCUCCAUCAUCAGCCCGCCGAACUGGACGAUGGCUACGGAGACGACUUCCCCGGUGGUGGUGGUGGUGGACGAUUGCCGUACUUUGUGGAACCAACCUAUCGGUCGCUGGAGUACGAUCGACGACAAAGGCGCCGGCAUAGCGUGCACCAGCUGGCGAGCUUGAACGUGGCCCAGUUGGAGGACGCGCGGCACCGAUUCGACGACUACAACCAAUCGGCGGCCAUCGCCAAGGGAGCAUACUACGGGUACUACACGCUCGAUCGCAGCAAGAAAUUGUCCCGGCAACUGGCGGCAAACCAGGCUCAUCAUCAGGGGAUGACGUACGGGAAGCCUUUAACAUUUGGGCAAACCGGAGGCCGCGGUUACAGUGGGAGCAGAACGUUAGAGCGUGUCGUUGUGGAGGAUGAACGGGGGCAGCAUCGAAAGGGCCCCAAACGAGGAUCCCGCUCAUCGCAGGGUUCCACUGAUAGUAAUAAUAGUACACAUAGUGCAUCAUCCGGGUCGCUACUGCUGACGGUAGCAAACCUUGAGAACUUUGCCAAAAUACACCGCAAACCGGUGUCCGGUUCCGGCGGCAACUCCAAGCUGCCAGGUGCCGGCAGCAGCCGUACGCUGGAGCGAUACCUUUCCUCGACGCUCGAGCUGGUACCCCAUCACGGAACGCUCGGUCGUCGAUCGCGCUACAACAGCAACAUCCUCCUGCCGCACGAAGCCAUCGAAGACGACGAGGACGACGCCGCCGACGAUGGUGUACAUCCGGCCGAUCGUGCCGCCAUCGACUACCGGAAAGACGUGCAGCUGCAGCACCAGCUUCAGCUGGCUACCAGCACGAUCGUGCCGAUCGAUGAAAUUUCCAUCGACGAGGGCGACGAAGAGGCCAGCGGUAAUGGAAGCGAACAGCAGCUGGCCGGAAGUGGCCCCGGUGCCGGCGGCGGUGCUGCACCGAGCCUCGUUUCGCCGUUCCGGUCGCUAAAGGGCAAGGAUCCGGAUUCGGUAUCGAUGGCUAGCUCAACGCACUUUACCAUGGUGAACGGGAUCGGCGGACCGCAGCGCGUCAUGAAGAGCGGUAUCUGUUCCAGCGGCCAUCAGAUCACGAUACUGAUCGUAACGAUGAGCAUCAUAUUCAUGAUCGGUAUCUGUUCGGCCGUUUUUCUGCUCGAAAUGCGAGCAAGAGAAAUGCCAAAGUAG